GUGGUCACAUAAACCCAGCUGUUUCAUUAGCCAUGUGCGUGACUGGAAGAUUAAAAUGGACCAAAUUACCAAUUUACAUAUUAGCACAACUCCUGGGAGCAUUCGUUGGAGCAGCGGCUGUCUUUGGGAUUUAUUACGAUGCCUUCAUGGAGUACAGCAAUGGAACACUUGAAGUCACAGGACCUAAUGCAACAGCACAUAUCUUUGCUACAUAUCCAGCUCCGUAUCUGUCCCUCAUAAAUGGAUUUGCAGAUCAGGUGAUGUCAACAGCUGUUCUUCUUCUGGCUAUAUUUGCUAUUUUUGACACCAGAAACAACAGCGUACCGAAGGGCCUGGAGCCAAUUGCAGUAGGACUUCUUGUAAUUGUUCUUACUUGCUCCUUGGGAAUGAACAGUGGCUGUGCCAUGAACCCGGCCAGGGACCUAGGCCCAAGGCUCUUUACAGCCAUUGCAGGAUGGGGAAUGGAAGUAUUCACGGCUGGAAAUAAUUGGUGGUGGGUCCCUAUAGUUGCACCUAUGCUGGGAGGUGUACUUGGAGCAAUAAUCUACAUUACUUUUAUUGAAAUUCAUCACUCAGAUACUCAGCCAGGAGAAGAAAACGACGUGUAUGAUAAAUAUGAACUGACCAAUAUGGAGUAAGAAGUGAAGAGUUUUUCUCUCUCAUUUUGUGGUGCAGUUGUAAUGCAAAUGAUUGUUUGGACCAUUUGAUAAAACCACCAUGCCUCAAUUAGAAAUUCACAUGUCAAAGCAGAAAAUCCAUAUAGGAGACAAGUUCAGAACUGACCUCUUUCCAUGAAACAUCAGGCUGGUCACAUUCAAAACUGGG